GUCACACUGAUGGCCAGAUUUUUACCGCGUUUUCGGCUAAUUUUUCGUGCGUUUCAAUUAAACUUGAUUUUGAGUGAAUUAAACCCACUAAAUAGUUACUUUGCGCAGGACAAAUAACCAGAAUGGAUGAUGCUUCUCCUCCGAAACGCCCAUCUCCCGUUUGGAUUGGAACACACAGCGGCACCUUCCACUGUGAUGAAGUUGUAGCGUGCUUUAUGCUGAAGCAAUUGCCUGAAUACGAGAAUGCGGAGAUCUUUCGCAGUCGUGACGAGAAGGCAUUGAGGGAAAAGUGUGACAUCAUAGUGGAUGUGGGCAGCGUGUACGAUCAUGCCAAGAAAUGGUACGAUCAUCACCAGGAGACAUUCAAAGAGACAUUCAACAUGCUGCGCCCAGAGGUCUCCAAGGACUUCAACAUUCGGCUAAGCAGCGCUGGCCUGGUCUAUAGCCACUACGGCGAGCGGGUCAUCGAGAGUGUCCUGAAACGUGAGCGUAAUGUCCAGCUGUCGCCAGAGAAUCUGCAACUGGCCUUUGUGCAGAUCUAUAGGAAUUUCAUCAUCGAACUGGACGCCAUUGAUAAUGGCGUGAAUAUGUUUGAUGGCGGCGAGCCACGCUAUAGGAUAAGCAGUCAUCUGUCGGCACGUGUGGGCCGGCUGAAUCCCUCAUGGCAGGACACGGGAGUCGAUAUCGAACAGCGUUUUAAGCAGGCUAUGGAUCUAGCUGGCAAAGAGUUUGUGGAGAACGUUUUGGAGGUGGCCUGCUCUUGGAUUGCGGCCAGGGACCAUGUGCGCGAUGCUCUGAAAGAGGCAAAGAGUAUCUACCCUACCGGAGAGAUUCUCUUAUUGGACACUUUCUGCCCCUGGAAGGCUCAUUUAAUCGAUCUGGAAAAGGAGUACCAUGUGGAAGGCGUGCCAAAGUUGAUUAUUUUCUCUGACGGUACCGGCUGGCGAGUGGCUGGAGUGCCACUGAGUCCCGGUAGCUUUUUGGGAAGCAAGUUUCUUCCCACCCCCUGGAGAGGCAAGCGCGAUGAAGAGCUCAGCGAAUUGGCAGGGAUCAAAGAUCUCAUAUUUGUCCACCACAGCGGAUUCAUUGGUGGGGCCAAGACAAAGGAGGCGGCCAUGGCCCUGGCCAAGAAGUCUCUCGAGUGGAAAGAUAAAUGAUAAAUACUAUUAAAAAGCAUAUUUUGUGUACCUAAACAAAUUUUAUUUGUAUAAAAUGUAU